UGCCAGUUUGCUCUUGUCCUCCUUUCUGGUUUUUCUUCUUUCCAUUUUUGUUUUCCUGUAGCGGAGAGAAAUUAGAGACUUGGGUGAGAGUAAAGUUCAGAUUAGGGUUUCCGUCGAUCUCCUCCUCUCUUCUCAACCUAAGGGUUGCUUCGGGAGCUGGUGAGCCUGGGCGUGGGAAGCGGCUGAUGGAGUCGGUCUCGAGAUCGAGCGGCGACGAGGACGAGAUGGGGAGAGCGCAGGAAUCGUCUCGAAGAGUGGAACUCACGGUGAAGGUUGAUGGGAAGAGUAGUGAACAGAAGCCAGGCACGCCAACUACGCCAAGAUCAAAGCAUUCUGCGACCGAGCAGCGUCGGAGGUGCAAAAUCAAUGACAGAUUUCAGAUACUUAGAGACCUGAUACCACAUAGUGAUCAAAAGAGGGAUAAAGCUUCAUUUCUUUUGGAGGUUAUUGAAUACAUUAAGUUUUUACAAGAGAAGGUACAAAAGUAUGAAUCAUUUCCAGGUUGGAAUCAGGAAAAUGAAAAAUUGAUGCCAUGGAGUAGCAAUCAAGGCCCGGGAGAUGGUAUGGUUGAUCCUCCUAACCUUACAAAAAAUGGUUCUCAAUCUGGCCAUUUGUUUUCUGGAAAGUUUGUUGAUAGUAGCAUCCCUGGGGCACCAAUGUCCCUCUCAAACGCACACAAUGUGGCAGAAGCUGAUAUGAGUCCAGGUGCAGUGCUUGUUCCCAUGCAGUCAAACUAUUAUGCUUCUGUUGGAAGGGGAUCUGGUUUUAUGCAACCUCAGGAGAGGGUGAUUUCAGACUCAGAUAAUCCAGUGUCUCAGUCUCAAUCUGAGUGGCAAAGUUCAUCAUGCAUGGCCGAUUGCAAUUUGAGCAGUGAUAUGCUGAAUGAACAUGAAGAGCUAAUAAUUGAUGAGGGCACAAUUAGCAUUUCUAGUGUCUACUCCCAAGGGUUAUUGACCGCAUUGUCACAAGCCAUGGCUAGUUCAGGAGUAGAUCUGUCUCAAGCCAGCAUUUCUGUGCAGAUAAAUCUUGGCAAGGGUGCAAGCAAAAGGCCUACCACUGCUAAUAUGUCCAAUGCAAAGGAUCACUCGGACAAUUCACAUAUUCAUCAAAUAAUGGGAAACUCGGUGCCAGGGAGCAACAUUGAGGAGUCUGAACAAGUGCCAAAGCGGCAAAAAGGCUGAUACCAGCAAGUGACUAUGUUUCAACAGUUUGAAUUUUUUGUGAUCAUCCAACCGAUGAACCUGCAAGGCGUUGCCUCUUGUCCUCGUUGUAAUAGCAUUGUGUAUUCUUUUGUAAUCACGUGAAGCUUUUUCUUGCAGAACCGAGAAGCUAAUUGGCGUGUAUGCUUCUGGUCCUCUCUAUGGAGUCUUGUAACGUCCAAGUCCUUGUAUGAAUCUGUCCUUUUCGACCAUUGGUCGCUGUGAAUUGUACUGAUCGAUUACAUGGCAGUGGUUUUCUUCUAAA